CAAAAAAUAACUUCACUUUUUUCCAUUUUCUUUUUCCUUUAUUUUCUGUAUCAAGAAUUUCGUUGAUUUCAAUGACGGCCCUACUCAAAUAGAUGUUGAGGCUACUGUUCAGUCCGGGGUAAAAGCAGUUGAGCUUAUGGUAAUGUUGCUUUUGUGUUGUUUUUUGGUUGUGUAAAGGUUGUUAUUUUUUAACCAUGAUCUAAUUCCUUUUUAAUACCAUAUAUAAACAGAUGUCUUCAGAUGGAAUUGGUGGUGAUCCUUGUAAACAGAUUUCAGUUUCUGAAAAUGUUGAGGUUACGGAUCGUCGUCUUGUUUGUUUUGAGAUGGGUGCAACAGGUCUCAAUGUUGAUUCUAACAUUGAACUUGAAGAUGACCCAAUUCCCGUUGAAGAAACUCCUCUUGUUGACAAGAGGAAAUCUAAGAAACCCAUAGCGCUGACGUCUCCAUUUAUGGAGUAUGACUCUUCCAUUUCUAGUUCUAAAGAUGGUUCUGGUUAUGGAGUUGUUAAGUAUGUGGUUGGGUUGUGUCCUCUCGAUGAUAAGAUUGGUGAAGAUGUAGAACAUAAAGACGAGAUUGAUUUUGACUUGUGGCUUGGUGAAGGACGCCGAUCGAAGAAAGAUCCGCAUGAUAAGGAGAAGGUUUACUUGAAGGGUAAGGAUAAGAUUGUUCCCCCUUUUCGUUUUGGCGUGGAAGAUGUUGCAACCAAGAUGUGGUUCCACAAGCUUGCAUAUCCUGGCCAAUGUUUGACUAAUUCUCAUCUGGACAUCAUUUUUUACUAUCUACGUAAAAAAGGAAAGUAUGCAAAGGAGCCAAAGGUUAAGUUCACAACCACCGAUUGCUUAUUCUUCAAAACCAUUCAUGCUUUGUAUGAAAAAUUUAUUGCACAGAAAAAAAAUCUUUCUUUGAUAAUCGCACUUGACAUGCCAUUGCUGAUUAUAUAA